CUGGAGAGAGCAGGGCACUACGUUCCUUCCGUUGGAUUGACUACCAAUCUACCUGUUACAAGCCUGUAAGAGCCCUGCCUGACUACCAGGGAUCAACUCUGACUUAGCCCAGCUUUCCUACCUGCUGAAUCAUUUGGUGCCAAUGGAUCAGCGUGUAAAGAAACGAAUCCUGCAUGCCGGGCGCGGUCCAGUGCCGAACUUUUCCGACGGCGAUCGAGUCAAGUUUCAUUUCCGCACCGAGACGACAGAUGGCGAGUCAGUCUUGCUCGACGACUCGCGCAAGUACAAGCCCAUGGAAUUGAUCUUAGGCAAACAGUUCAAGCUGGAGGUCCUGGAGGCGAGCGUGAAGACGAUGGCACUCAGUGAGGUGGCUGAGUUCACCAUUGACAAGGCCCUGCUGCACUCCUACCCGAUCGUGGCCAAGACGCUGCGUGAUUCGUGGGACCCGGCCAACAAGCCGAAGGCGGCGCCCAGCGGGUGCUGCGGCAUGAUGAUGGCCGCGCAGCAGCCGCAGCUCGGCUACCCGGACCUGGACCGGCUGCUGCAACAGCCGCAGGCGCUGCGCGUCACGAUCGAGCUUCUCUCUGUCGAGGCGAAGCACGAGUACGAGCGCGAGUCGUGGGCACUCAACGAGGAGGAGAAGCUUGCCUCCGUCACGGAGCUGCGCGAGCGCGGUAACUCGCUGUACCGGCAGCAGCAGCACGCAGCGGCGGCCGAGCAGUACGCAGACGCGCUCGGUCGCCUCGAGUCUCUCAUGUUGUGCGAGAAGCCGCAGGACGAGGAGUGGAACCGGCUGAACGAGCUGAAGCUGCCGCUGCUGCUGAACUUCGCCCAGUGCAAGCUGCUGUUGGACGACUACUACCCGGUGAUCGAGCACUGCUCCACGGUGCUGGAGGCGCGGCCGGAUGAUGUAAAGGCGCUGUUCCGGCGCGGUCGGGCGCAGGCACGCGUCUGGAACGUGGAGGGCGCGCGCGCUGACCUGGCGCGCGCCGCCGAGCUGGACCCGGGCGUCCGCGGCGCCGUGAGGAAGGAGCUGGCCGACCUGGCCGCCAGGGAGAAGGAGAAGCACGAGCAGGAGAAAGAGCAGCUCCGCGGCAAGAUCUUUACGUAGGGCGGGGAGAGGGGUGAGCUGAGCGCGGGCUGUGCACAUGAGGUGUGGCACUCGCUGUGGACUAGUCGGUGUACACGCCUUUGCGUUGUGUUUGUGAUUAUUGUUGCCGUUUUAUAGGUUGCUGAAACUGGGUUAAGGAACCCUGUUUUUUUUUUGGAGCGCAGUUAACUGCGUGAACCGGGAAAUAAAGCAAAGUUUUUAUCAGCUGACCUUCGUGAGCAAGAUAUUUUGUUUCAUUGCUUAACGACUAUUGUUGUUAUGUAAACACCUAAUGCAUAAGUUGUGAGAUUUGUGGUUAUUGUUCCAAGUAACACAUCCAUGUUAAGAAUGCAAUGGAAACAGGGUCUAUUUAGACGCACGUGCGCGCCACGGCCACAAAUGCCAUCAUUGUCAUGUUUCAGUGAAAUCGGCCCUGCGUUUCAGCUGCGUGAACAUGUGUCAAAGACAGCGUGUUGCUGCAUCGGACCGUCUUCCGUGCCUGCAGUCUUUGCGUGGGCCAUUGUUCGGUCCGGGGUUGGCGCUGCCCAGUCGCCGCUGGCGGCCGGGCACUGGCACUGGUGUGGUUUCCGGUACUCUGUAACUGUCACGCGCACAGCUGCAAUACAUGUGUACAUCUCCA